AGAGGUUUAUUGAAGAGGAACUAAGGAACUUGCAGAGCCUUGAAUCUUCCUUGAGAUGAAUGCAAUAAUCCAUCACAGCAAGCAGUUAGGUCCUGAACAGAACAAAUGUUUUAAUGCAAGAAGUGAACAAAUUCACAUGAUGCUUUUCAGUAUGUCCAUGUUUGUGUUCCAGAUUUUAUUUUACAAAGCCUCCUUGAAUGCACCAUUUAAGAUUCCAGACAUGUUUUAAGACAUAUAAACCUUAACACUAUUAACAUUAACAAUUACAUGUAAGACGAUCCUUAUCUUUUUUAAGAGAAAUCCUUCUUAUAACAUUUUGUGCACUUCAGUCAGGAUUGGGGAAAGUGCAAAAUUGCUUAAUAGAACUCUACCACAUGCAGCCAGGCCAGGCAAUUUACCAGUCAGUGACCAGUAGCUGAGAUGGACAUGGCAGACACACACCCAGUGUGUGUAAUUGUUUGACCCUGAGGGUCAUACCUAAAAACAUUUGUCAUGAUUUUAAUUAUGUAGCUACAAUAACUAUGGCCUUUUUUGAAGUGAUGUACCAUAAAUAUUCUGGGGGAACUCAUUCCCUUUCUUGUGAACACAUGCUUUCUUAAGGUUAAACAAACAUUUUGUCCAUAGGUGUCCAUCCAGGUGUACUGUUUGCCUCCUGAUGUCAGAGGUGGUGGAUGGUUUUUGCUUACUGUGAUAUUUGGUGGAUUCCUGCUACCUCAGCCUACUCCAUCUGAUGUGUUUGAAUCAGCCCAAGCCAGUGAGGAGGACACUCUUGGACUUUGGAUUGACAAAUGAGAUCUUGUAUAUCCUGGAGUAUUCUUGCUUACAGUACAUCCUUGCUUACAGUACAUGUCUAUCUUGGCUGUGAUUGGUGCAGUCAUGAUGCUGUGGAGGCAGCCUGAGUCAGCAGGCCAAACAAGUAUCUGACAGACUUGGACUGAGAAGCAUCAGUAGAUGAAAACCCAGAGAAGCGACAUCCAAGGUAUAUGGAAACCCUCCUGUGGAAAACAUGAUGAUGAAAAUCUGGAUUCUUAUGCCCCUGCUGCUCCUGCUUUCACCUGGGUGUUGGGGUUGGUCAGGCCUGAGAACUGCAAAGUACAUACAUUACCGUGGCAAGUUUACCUGGAGCCAGGCACAGAGCUUCUGCAGGCAGCAACACACUGACCUGGUCACCAUCAGAGAUGAAAUAGAGAAUCUGGACUUUUUACCUGGCCAGGGCUGGUUGGGUUUGUACCGAGCUGAUUCAACCUCUAAAUGGAAAUGGUCCAGAGGAGAUGAGAUCGCCAACUUCACCACCUGGAAGGGCAAUGAACCAGACUUGGAUGAAAACUGUGCUUAUAAGAGGAAGUCUGACUACGCAUGGCACAGCCAUCCUUGUUCUUACACACAUACUGUCAUGUGUUAUGACGAGAGGCUGGUUCUGGUGAAGGAGCAGAAGACAUGGAAGGAGGCAUUAGUUCACUGCAGGGCUCUGGAGGCAGUGGACCCAAAUCAGCCAGCUGAUUCCUACCGGAACCACCGCUACGACCUGGCCACCCUACUCACUCCAGAUGACUACAACUUUGCACGAGAGAAAGCGCAAGAGGCUACCAUUGAUGAGGUGUGGACGGGCCUGCGUUACCUGGCUGGUCAGUGGUUGUGGAUAAGUGGAGAAGAAGUGCAGUAUAUGGAUAUUCAUGGCUGCCCAAGUCAGAGGUUCUGUGGUGCCCUGGUGAAAAACGGCACUAGUUUCCUCAAGAUAAGAAACUGCAAGCAAAGAAAGUACUUCUUCUGCUACAAGAAGCCUUAAACACAUCUAUCUUAAGAAAAUCUCAUGCUUAAAAAAGUUUGCUGUACUUCUUCCUCCCCAGUUUGUGUCUCAUGUCUGUGAUCAUGGCAGGGGCACUAAAUGUUUCCUUCCUUUCCUCUCCAUGAAGCUUUACUAUCAGUGUGAAGUUAGCUUGAUAUUGACCAGCAAGUGGAUUGUCCUUUCAACUGUUUAAUAACCUUGAAAUAAAAGUGUGUUUGACUUAUUUAUGACUACUGAAAAAAUCACACAGUUGCCUCUUUCAAUAUCUUAGAAAUUAUUUUCAUGUGAAUCAACAUUUUCCCCUUUUUCUAUAAACUGAAGUCAGAACAAAAUCUAAAUUUAUGUAACAUAUAAACAAAUAUGUUCUCAAAUAUUGAGAAAAUGGUUG